AAGAAAAAGAAAAAUAAAAAUCACAACGUUGCCAUCUCUAGGGUUUAACAUAGUAUCUCAAUCUCCUCCGAACUCCGAUAUCGCAAAAAUGGCGUCCUCCAAAACCUUUAUCCGCGCCGGAGCUUCGCUGAUGAACCGUUUCCUCAACCAAACAGCCCGCACCAACCCCAUUCAUAUCUUAUCUCAGAGUCCCCAAUUGAUCGUCCCCAGGACAAUUUCGCCCGUUCUCUUCAUUCCUCAGUCUCACAAGACGAAGCCGUUGCAUCAAGAUGACGUCGAACCGGUCAGAAAGCUCUCGUCCGAGGGUUUCCUCUACCCUUCCGGCCUUCCUUAUCUCCCCUUCUUCCUGCCCGAAGUAGAUGAGUCAUCAUCGAGCAUGCCUAUGCAUUUAUUUCCAAAGAGGACCUACCAACCAAGCAACAUCCGGCGCAAAAGAACACAUGGAUUCUUUGCUAGAAAAUCUACAAAGGGAGGCCGAAGAGUGAUAGCAAGGAGAAUUGCCAAGGGCCGUUCUAGAAUCACGGCUUAACAACCACCCCAUUUCUAGUGAGCUUCUGUGUGAUGUCAAGUUCAAGUAUCGACUUGAUUUGAUCCAAAUAGCAGAUGCAUUUUAGGGGGAGAACUUGUUUAAGCAUUGACCGUUGUUCAGUGAACACUUUUCAGAAUUUUGAUUAAUUUUGUAAUGUGUAAUGCCUACACUUUGUUUCUUCAAGCUUUUACCCUCAUAUAUGUGAUGGAGUUUAGAUGCCCAUGAUAUUGUUUCUCCUUUUCUUUUGUGGUAGUGUUUUCGCCAUUGAAUUACUUAGAUCAAGCUAGAGCUAUUGGACACAAAAUAUUUUUGGUUUGUGACGCCGGAUAUAUAUAUUUUCCGUUGUAUUGUGUACAUGUUUUUUUUUUUCUUAUUCAAAAAGUUCACUAUUCA